AUGUUUGGUAAAUAUGAGGCUUGUAAAAUGGGCUAUCUGGCACUCCAGGGCUACACUGGGCUCCAGGCUGGGACAAGUUGGCUCCGUGGGGACUUUGUUCUCCUACCCACAGUGGUGGCGAUGCUUCUCCUCUGCACAAGCCCUGUGUCUGCCACUGCUACUGUCACAGGGUUCCCCGCAGACUGCAGCCAUCUCCGCAAGACCAGCCCCAGCGGGGUGUACGUCAUCCAGCCGGCAGGGUCACCCCCAAGGGUGGUAUGGUGCGACAUGGACACUGAAGGCAAGGGCUGGACUGUUGUCCAGAGAAACUCUCAUGACACUGAGAUCACAUGGAAGCAAUCCUGGACCACCUACAAGUACGGCUUUGGGAAUGUGCGGGGCGAUCACUGGCUGGGCACCGAGUACCUGCACCUGCUGACGCAGCAGGGCACCUACAAGGUUCGCUUCGUCGUGCGGAAUAAAGCCAAUGUCACCCAUUACGCGGAGUACGACAUCUUCAGGGUGGAGAGUGAGGCUAGCGGGUAUCCGCUAAGGCUGGGCCGGUUUUCUGGUGAUGGGGAUGACUAUCUGACCAGCUAUCAUCCCAAGAAGGGGGGCAUACAUGACAACAUGAAGUUUAGUACAACCGACAGGGACCAGGACCAGUACAGCGGGAACUGCGCCAACAGCUAUGGGGGCUGGUGGUACGACAGGUGCCAGAAUGUUCUGCUCAAUGCCAAAAAAAACAUCCUUUGGCCAGGAUUCUGCGAUAACGCGACUGCACAUCCUCCCUCAUCCUGGUCAAACCCACAGAUGUGUGCUGACCGUGCCGCAGCGCCCAGCCUCCCCGGAGUUUGUGAGAUUGAGCGUCAGGUCUGCUCCUGGCAAGAACCUGGCAGCAGUUGCGAGAAGUUCCCAAACAAAUGA